GUCGUCAUCUCUCUGCGACUGCUCUUUCAGGAAGAAAAAGGUAGCAGAAUAAAAGGAGUCGACAAAAUCUGGUUGAUCAAUUUAUACUUUUACUGGGAUUUUGACUCGAUAAGAAGAGGAGAAAACGAUGUCAGGAAGCUUUUACUUUGUCAUGGUUGGUCAUCAUGACAACCCCGUGUUUGAGAUGGAGUUUUUGCCUCCUGGGAAGCCCGAGUCAAAGGAUGAUCAUCGCCACCUGAACCAGUUCAUUGCACACGCAGCCCUGGAUUUGGUGGAUGAAAAUAUGUGGUUGUCCAACAGCAUGUACCUGAAAACUGUGGACAAGUUCAACGAGUGGUUUGUGUCGGCUUUCGUCACAGCAGGACAUAUAAGAUUCAUCAUGCUGCAUGAUGUGCGGCAAGAAGAUGGAAUCAAAAACUUUUUUAAUGACGUGUAUGACUUGUACAUUAAGUUUGCUAUGAAUCCAUUCUAUGAAGUCAACGCACCAAUCCGCUCCACGGCUUUCGAGAGGAAAGUUCAGUUUCUUGGGAAGAAACAUCUCCAGAGUUAACCCCUUCACGCAGGAUAUUGUAUAUAUUGAACAUACUUGUGUCUUUUCCUAAUGUGCAAAGAUGUAAAAUGUUACUCUAACAGAACAUUUUGUGUAAAAUCUCUGCUUUGUCAGAAUUUUGUUGUGGCUACAGUUAACUAAUUUUGAUUAUGGACAUUAAAACUUAAUUUUUAUGUCAAAAUGAUUUUUCAAGAACGAGCAAACAUAAAAACACAGAAAAUGCAUGCUGUAAGUUCCUUAUUUCUGAAUGUAAAGCGUAGCAGUGCACACAAAGCAGAGUACCAAGAUAAGAUGUGCUUCUGGAUCACCUUUAGAAUAAUAAAAUGAUUCAUGCGGUAGUGUUCAUGCUACAAAA